AUGCUGCACAACCCGAACAAUUGGCACUGGGUCAAUAAGGAUGCCAGUGUCUGGACCAAGGCAUACCUGGAGAAGAACAUCAAGGGCAUCAAUGCUGAGGAGAAUGGAGUCACAGCUCAAUUAGACAAGCUGAUCAGCAUGGAUGGCGACGUUGAUGUUAACCAGCGCAAGGGGAAAGUCAUCACGAUUUUUGACGUCAAGCUUGUCCUCGAGUAUUCUGGCAAGACCAAGGAUGGUGAAGAUGUUAGCGGAACAAUCACAGUACCUGAGGUUGCGCAUGAUACUGAAGAAAAUGAGUAUGUUUUCGACCUAGAUAUCUACUCUGAUGCCAACUCCAAAGCUCCCGUUAAGGACCUAGUCCGCUCCAAGAUUCUCCCACAGUUGCGCAAAGAAUUCGCGAAGCUUGGUCCCGCCUUGAUUGCUGAGCACGGAAAAGAUCUUCAGCAUGCCCCGGGUGAAAACCCUACCUUGAGCGGCAGCUCCACUCCCAAGUUGCACGUUCCCUCUGCACCAGCCGCUGCUUCGACCUCUCAGAAGACCAAGGCCAGCACCACGGUCAACACUACCACUGUUACUGAUACCGAGGAGUUCCGUGCCCCGGCUACCGAGCUCUACCAAACGUUUACAGACCCCCAACGCAUUUCCGCUUUCACUCGUGCAGCACCCAAGUUGUUCGAGGGCGCGAAGCAGGGCGGCAAGUUUGAGUUGUUCGGUGGCAACGUCUCCGGUGAGUACGUCGAACUCGUUGAGCCGACCAAGAUCGUCCAAAGUUGGAGACUCGACCAAUGGCCAAAGGAUCACCACUCACGUCUCGAGAUCAACUUUGAUCAAAACGAUGUGGAUAAUGUUACUGUUAUGAGAGUCACCUGGAGUGGUGUUCCGGUGGGCCAAGAAGAGGUUACAAAGCGUAACUGGAGAGAGUAUUACGUGCGAAGCAUCAAACAGACCUUCGGGUUCGGUACGAUUCUGUGA